UGACCCUGAAGUGUUGAAAUACUCGUUUCGGUACGCAUAACGUUUAAUCGCUAUGCGCUACUUCACUCAUAGUUAUAUCAUACUACAGGAGUCUGAUUAAUGGGGAACAGAUGUAUCUGCUUACAUAAUCCGACUAUAAUUUGGCUUCUCACUUACUGAAAAUUCAUACAGUUUCCAAAAAGAGGCGAUUUGUGGCGGUCUCUACAAUACGAACCAGUUAUGUCGAAGCGUCUUCAGCAGUGCAUACCUGGUUUCGCUGGGAAUCCUUGGCUUUCAGAUGCCUGUGCACGUUUUGCAGAAAUUGCUCGGAGAAGUGUCAUUCCACUUGAAAACAUUGACGCAGUAACACGUGAGACGAAAAUCAAUGAAUGCAAAGAUGAAGUGGGUUACGUAGAUUUAAACGCUUUUUAUCAAAUUUUCCAUCAGUUCUUCACUGAUCUAUUGAAUUCAACAUGUCAACCUGAUUGGCCAAAUGAACCUAUUGAUAUCGAUCGUAUAAAUUUUCAUGAGUUAGAACUGACGAAGCAUUUCCAUGGUGUGGAUGAAUCUUCUUUGUUUAACAUAAUGGAAAACCUUCAAAAACUGUUGCACAGGAAUGAACUGACGUCUACUCAAAAUUUAUUUCUGCAUUUGUUUACAUUAGUAUUUUUUAUUUCUUAUGCACAAUACUGUCGGAAAUUACCACCCAAAUAUUUUGUACUGUCUACUUUUGAACUACACAAAAAUCCAGUUAUUUCUCACAUUUUCUAUGAUUCAUUACUUCCUUUACUUCUGUCAAUUCCAAAUCAUCGCCAUAGCGAAUAUAUUUUGCAUUUUCUAAAGAAUUCUACGCCUUCUGACCGAUACACACUCCUGAAUAAAUUAUGUUUAGCGGAAUAUGAAUGGCCUACGGAUUCAUACCCUGUGUUAGAAUUCCUCUUCAGUACGUGCUUGACGCAUCUCUGUUCAUUGCCUGGUGUAUCCGCUACACAACUUUUUGUACAAAUUGUGAAUAAAUUUAACUCAGAAACCCAAAGAGAUACCGAUCUGAGAAAAUCAGUUAAAUUUACUAAUAUUCUGGUCAAAUUUUUACGAAACUACUCCAACAAUCAGCCAUCGUUACCAUUCCCUGAGGAGUCGAAGCCUAUUUUGAAGCAAUUGGCAAAUGAAAACUCCACUUUUCUUCAAAACACAUUAAUGAACUUAGUAUAUUAA